AUGAUACCGUUGGAGGAAUUUGGCUGUCUGAGUGAUGGAGACGAAUUCGUUGCCAUCGCAGUCGCGGAGGUGGAGGAAGCCUUCAAGAUGGACUCGGAUUCCUUCGAGAGGAAAUACGGGUGCAGGAAGCCGGGUCCGGAGGAGGAGAACGUGGUGGUGACGUGCCGGAGCGGGAGGAGGGCGAAAUUGGCCAUCGACGCGCUCCGUGCCCUGGGAUAUCAGCAGCUCAAGUUAUAUCCGGGGGCAUUCAACGAGUGGGUCGCCAAAGGGGGCGAAGUCGCGAAGUACCACGACCUGGAACGCCCCGAAAAUUCCUGAAUUUCCUCCACCGCUAGUCCUGACUUAUCGUCGAUUUUUAAUACAUUUUUUUGCCUGACGCGUUGGUGUGAAUCGGCUGACGUGCAAUAUUUAGUGCUAAAAAACAUGGUGAAAUUUGCGCUCUCAGG